CCCAGGAUUCCAGCUAAAGCUGCCUGGGACACAUUGUCUUCAAAGUAUCUUCCACUGAAUACUGGCUCCAUGAAGGUCAUAAUAAUAGUGCCUUACUAUGACUGCUAUGAGCCCAUGGUGAGAAUGGCUGGAGCAACACCUGUUUAUAUUCCCCUAAGAUAUAAACCUGUGGAUGGGAAAAAAUGGUCUAGUUCUGACUGGACAUUGGAUCCUCAAGAGCUGGCAAGUAAAUUUAGUUCCAAAACCAAAGCUAUUAUAGUAAAUACUCCUCAUAACCCCUUUGGCAAGGUUUAUACCAAAGAGGAACUCCAAGUAAUUGCUGACCUUUGCAUCAAACAUGACACACUCUGCAUCAGUGAUGAAGUUUAUGAAUGGCUUGUAUUUAGUGGAAAUAAGCAUUUCAAAAUAGCUACUUUUCCAGGUAUGUGGGAAAGAACAAUCACAAUAGGAAGUGCUGGAAAGACUUUCAGUGUAACUGGCUGGAAGCUUGGAUGGUCCAUUGGCCCUCAUCAUUUGAUAAAACAUUUGCAAACCAUUCAACAAAACACCGUUUAUACUUGCGCAACUCCUUUACAGGAAGCUUUGGCUCAAGCAUUUUGGAUUGACAUCAAGCGCAUGGAUAACCCAGAGUGUUACUUUAAUUCUUUGCCAAAAGAGUUAGAAGUAAAAAGAGAUCGGAUGGUACAUUUACUUGAAAGUGUUGGCCUAAAGCCCAUAGUUCCUGAUGGAGGAUACUUCAUCAUUGCUGAUGUGUCUUCACUAGAUGCAGACCUCUCUGAUAUGAUGGACAAUGAACCUUAUGACUAUAAAUUUGUAAAAUGGAUGACUAAAAAUAAGAAAUUGUCAGCCAUCCCGGUUUCAGCAUUUUGUAACUCGGAGACCAAGUCACAGUUUGAGAAGUUUGUGCGAUUUUGCUUCAUUAAAAAAGACAGCACACUGGAUGCUGCUGAAGAAAUCAUAAAGGCAUGGAGCAGGCAGAAGUCUUGAUACAAGCAGAUUAGGACAGUUUCUUUUAGAUGACCUGGUAUAGAAUUGUUAUUUAGUGCUGCCACCUACUGGAUAUUCAAAAACUAACACCGGUACAAGCUAAAAUUUAAAUAGCCAUUAUUUUUCCAAAGAAGUUAAGCUCCAAAAUCAGGGGAUCUGAUUUUUGCAAAUGUGAAUCACUAUAGUAUCAUGGAUAAGAAAAGAUGCUGAUUGAUAUGUACUCUCUCUCUGCUUCUAUUUUUCUCAUAAAGGGGGAAUAAAACAGAACCCACUUUGUAUGAAAUUUUUGAGUUGCUGUAUGUAAUGAUGAAAAGUGAUAUGCGGAUCUUUCAAACAAUAAACAUUCAACUGAU